UUUAGGUUCUCAAAUCUUAUUUCUUAUUCGUAUUUUGUGUCUAAAAUUGAACUAAAAGACACGUGUGAAAAUGUUGCGGUCUAAAAGAAAAUACAGUCUUGUUGAUCGGUUUGUAACUCGAAAUUUGAUAGGAAGUGAAAUUAGUGAUGGUAUAUUUUCGGACUGGUGUGAAAAGUCUUAUUCCUUGUUCAAAAGGGAUUUGCUUGCUCAUUAUGGUUGUGUGAAUGCCGUAGAAUUUUCAGACGACGGGACCAUCUUUGUUUCUGGGAGUGAUGAUCGGAGAGUAUUGCUAUGGUCCAUUUCAGAAGCCUUUAAUAAUCAACAGAAGAACAAACCCAUUACCAUGGAAGCUGAACAUGGUUCAAAUGUAUUUUGUUUAGCCAUUAGUCAGGACAAUCAAAGGAUAUUUUCGGGUGGAAAUGAUUUGCAGACCAUAAUCCAUGACACAAAAUUAGCCAAACCUGUUGACUAUUUCCUUCAUGAAAAGCCUGUGUACAGCAUAUCCUUGCAACCUGGCAGUCAAAAUAUCUUUGCUACAGCGUGUGACGAUGGGAAAUUAAGAGUCUUUGACAUGCGAUGCAGCGUGUCAGCAGAGACAAUCCUCGCUUCCAAGCGAUCUCCUUUUCAUUCAAUCAUGUUUCACCCAAUUGAAGGAAGACUUGUGGCCUCCGCCAGUGCCAAAGACGGCCCAGAAUUGUGGGAUCUACGUAAUCCAUUAACGUGCCUUCACCACUAUCCCAAUGAGAAAGGAGCAAUGAGUGUCCGAUUUAACUCGUUGGGUGACCGACUCCUUUGUCUACGAAGAAGGGAACCGCCUAAAAUCUAUUACCUCUACCGAGAAGGAGAAAUUCAACUACGUGCCGAAGACUACAACAACGCCUGUACUAUGAAAAGCUGUUGCUUUGCUGGUGACAGGGACGAGUACGCCAUUUCAGGCUCGGAUGACCACAAUAUUUACAUCUGGAGAAUCCCUACAACAAGCGAAGAUGAUGACGGUCACAUUGUUCAAAAUGCACACAUGGUAUUGAAAGGACAUCGUUCAGUAGUCAAUCAUGUCCGAUACAAUUCCCUCACCUGUUCCUUGGCUUCGUGUGGAGUAGAAAAAAUGAUUAAGAUCUGGACUCCGUUUGCUUUCCCUGGAUCAUCAGGAGGCCUUGACCGAUCAUCGGCGGAAGACCCGAAACCUCGGAAACGGUUAAGCCGAUUAACACGAGAUUGCAACAUGAUUCUUGCUCCAAGUCCUAAUUUCCGGACGACGGAUGAAGACAAAAAGAUGUUGGCCUUUUUCGAUCUCUUAGUGGAGCGUUCCUCCUGGAUCAGUUCAGGAGAAGAAGAAACGACUGAUUCAGAGGAUGAAGAUGAUGAGGAUGAGGAAGACGAUUCUGAUGAUGGUGGUGAUGAUCACGAAUACAGUACCUCGCAAUCGAGUUCUCCAGCGAGCUCUGAAAAUGAAGAAUCGUUUGAAAUCGAUUCAGUCUCCACACCGUCUUCUUCCUCGUCCGAAGCAGAGGAACCAGUUGCUGGGCCUAGUGGAAUUCAAUUCAACAACUUGGACGAGUCCUCAAAAUUAGAACUGCCGUCUCAGUUGUACACUCGUUGUUUUCCAGUAAAACUCACCUUAAAGACAUCGUCGUCAGAAGAUGAUGAUGUCGAAAGACCAACGCAAGAAAGGGAUCAAGAUCCAAUAGUGUUUCGAUCGUUACCGGAGAACAGAAAGAGACAGUUCCGCAGGAGAACCAACAGCUCGAGUUCUUCGUCUUAACAAUUUUGUAAUUCGAAAAAUCUUA